AUUAUACAUUGAUAAUAAAUUGUGUGUCAUAUCUUAGUGAUGACAAACCCAUUAUCUUCUAUCUAUGACAUCAUUAUUGAGGCCAUAGGUCGAGACAUAGGCAGCGAUGAUGAGUUGUCUUUCGUAAAGCAACGGUUUGAGAGGAUAUUAGCAUAUAAUGUACCUAAAGGUAAGGGCAAUCGGGCAUUGUUUGUGAACAAGUCGUUCAAAUUGAUGGCACAGUAUAUGAACCGUACGGUUACCGACAAAGAGAUAGAGUUGUCAAUGAUUAUGGGGGCCGUACUUGAAAUAUUGCAUACAUCUGCGCUUAUGUAUGAUGACUAUAUGGACAAAUCAAUAACUAGAAGAGGGAAUCUAUGUUGGUAUAGACAGGAUUCUACCGGAGCUCAAGUGUUGAAUGACACCAAAAUAUUGAUGAAUGGGUGUAUGUAUAUAAUCAAGUUAUAUUUUGGCACUAAAUCAUAUUAUACGCAGAUUAUAGACUUAUUUCAUGAGAUAAUGAGACAAUCGACUUAUGGUCAGUGUAUGGAUAUGUUAUCCAAACCGCCAAAUAUGUUAAGACCACAGUUUCAUUUGUUCACAAAAUCACGUUAUGAAACAAUUGUCAAAUUUAAGACAUCCUAUUAUACAUUUGUUUUGCCGGUUAGAUUAGGGAUGUAUAUGAUGGACAUGACUGAUCAAACAGUUCAUCAACAAACUGAACAAUUGUUGCUUAAGAUUGGAUAUUUGUUUCAAAUACAGGACGACUUUAUAGACUGUUUUGGCGAUCCUGUAGUCACCGGCAAAAUAGGCACUGAUAUAGCCGAUGGCAAAUGCUGUUGGCUUAUAGUGACAGCACUGGAAUUAUGUAAUAAACAACAAUUGGAUCAAUUGAUGGCCAAUUAUGCUUUUCAUUAUAUGUAA